CACUGUUGUACAAUGACAUUCGAGUACAUCGAUAUCAAAGACCCAGUCUUUCGAGCCACUUGCGCUGAGCGAAACGAGGAAGAUUACAUGCUGGUGCAAUGUAACGACUACGCCAGCGUACCAAUAAACAUUUCAAACUGGAAACCGGAGCCCAUUUGUCUGUCCAGCCGAUACGAACGUGUGGCCCAGACCAUCAAGCAGAUGGAGGUUCGACCGGACGAUGUGUGGAUUGUCACGUAUCCGAAAAGUGGAACCACCUGGACGCAGGAGCUUAUUUGGCUGGUCUGCAAUGAGCUCGACUUUCAAAAGGCACAGGAUGUUCCGCAGGAUAGACGAUUUCCGUUCAUAGAUUUAAUCGGUCUUCGGGACCUUCCGGAACCGUUCAAUCCGCUUCGAGAUGCGUUGGAAAUGCCUUCGCCGCGCUUCAUCAAAUCGCACCUACCACCAGCCUUCCUCCCGAACGCACUAUGGUCUGUUCAGCCCAAGAUGGUACACGUCCGGCGCAAUCCCAAAUCCGUGGCCGUCUCAUACUACCACCACUCUGUCUCUCUUCACUCUUACAACGGCACACUGAACCAGUUCAUCCGCUCGAUGAUGAACGAACUCGUCUACUAUUCGCCCUCCCAUCGUCACGUGAUCGAAUUCAGUGAGCUACGCUAUCCGAAUAUGCUCUCUCUUUGCUUCGAGGACAUGAAGCGCGAUCUUUCGGGUACGAUCGCGGAAGUUUGUCGAUUCUUCAACAAAACGUACACCACCGAGCAGGUGGCACAGCUGGUCGAACAUCUUUCUUUCGACCGAAUGCGCCAAAACACCUCCGUGAACCGAAGUGAGUGGGUCGAGUACAAUCUCAAGCAAACAAACCGGACCGAUAAGCUCCACGACAACAACAUGCAGUUCAUUCGGCAGGGAAAGGCGGACGGCUGGAAGAACGAAAUCCCGGAAGAAUUGAUAGAAGCCAUGGACCGUUGGACGUUAGAGAGAGUACCGCCAUCGAGUCAAUAUGCUCGAUUGUUUCAAUAAACACUACGUCACCAAACUGUAGGUUUGUGCAAUCUUCGUGCAGUUGUUGAGUUAACAAAUCAUUAUUCUUGUUAAGUUUUUUACUUUCUUAAACAAAACUCAUCCCUCAAUCGGAGUGUUAGUUUAGCGUGUUAAUAAGAACCGUAUUGUACGUACCGCUAAUAAAUCGUACUUUCUGA